UUGGAUGCGAAAGGCUCAGUAGGCUGUGAAAUACAUGCAGCAGCUGCCUGUAACUUGUGGCUAUUACCUUAGGUCUCCAAACCAGGAGGAAAGAGGGCAAGUACAUUUGGUUUUAGGCCGGCUGGAGAUGCUGUAGGAGGUGUCAGAGCAGAAAAAGCUUCCCAAGCAGCAGGGACUGGAGAUGGAGGGUUUAACAAUGGCUCCUUGUAGCAGGAAGGGAGGAAUGUGACGGAGGGAGCUGCUUGGGGUGUGGCCAGGUAGGAACAGCCAGCCCUCUACCUGCUCAGGUAAAGCAGCUGAAAGUCAGCUCCGCAGACUAGCUCCUGCCUGGUCUUAGCCUCAACUGGAGGGUACUGGAGCGGACUGGAAGUAAGUUUUGCUAGGGGGAACAUUAGAGACGAGAGCAAAGGAUCUUGGCAAAGAUGAAAAAACAUCAUUCUGUGCAGGGCACGUUUAGCAGGCUCUUUGGGAAGAAGCAUGCCAACGACACCACCACGUCCCUCUUUGCUACCAACCCCCCCUGGAUCUUCACGCAGGAGGUCAGCUCUGAGGGCCGCCAUGGCUCUGGUGGUACCAUUGAAGUGCACUAUGAGAAUAAUCGCUUGAAUACAGUGACCGAUUCUGGAACGGCAACGCUCAAGCCUCGCCCCAGGGUUCGACCUCUCCUGACCUUCUUGCCCCUAGAGGCGCAGGAGGUGCAUGGCGUAGCGGUGCCACCCCCCUCUGUGCCAGAGGGUUUCGAAGACAAAGCAGCUCCAGGCCUCGGUCCACAGAUCAAUGGCAACUACAGGAUGUACAGUUCGGUUGGAGACCUGCGGCUGAAGGCCUUUGAGAGGGAGUGUUUGGAUGAGGAGAUACCCCCCCCCCCCCCAGGGCCGCCGCCGCUACCGCCGCCGCCGCCGCCGCUAGCAGAGGUGCUAUCGCUGCCGCCGCCGCUACCGCCACCGCUAGCAGAGGUGGUGCCGCCACCGCCGCCGCUGCUACCGCCACCGCUAGCAGACGUGCCGCCGCCGCCACUGCUACCACCGCCACUAGCAGAUGUGCCACCGCCACCUCCCAUGGCAGCACCACUGCCUCCACCUCUUCCUCCUGCUUCCACCUUGUCGUCCCCCGGCACACCAGCUCCGCCAGAUUUCAUUCCUCCAGCGCCUCCCUUUGCAGGACUGGCACCCCUAGCCCCUGCCCCCCUUCCACCUCUUCAUAAUCCCCCAGCACCUCCGCUCUUCCUGGCUGGCAUCUCAAAAUGGAGAUCUGAAGUAGCUCUGAACACAAGGCAGCCAGGGGCCGGGGGGAGUGCUGGCCCCUCCUAUCUGAACAUUGCCACUCCGCCAGCCCCUCCGCAGAGGGAAGUGCCGCUGCCCAAAUCGGCGCCGGAUCCUCACUUAACUUUCCCCAGGUCAUUUAAGGUUCCGCCGCCUGCUCCCGUGAGGUCGUCUUCCAUUCCCGUGGAAGAAAGAGAAGAGAAGCCCUUUCCCAAGCAGCCCCACACCCGCCCGCCGCUUCCACCCAGCUUCACCAUAAGACCUGCAGCAAAGGUGCCCUUGCCUGAAGGAGCGGAGCACAGGUGGUCUUUGGAGAGGCAGGGGAUCAUAAAGCCUGCCACACUCAGUGCUGAACCUGGGAGUCCAAGGCCAGGGUCAGACUCUGGCAUCUGGAUGAAGUCUACUGACCGGCAGGCAGCACCCAAGGCAGAGAAGGUCCCAUGGUCACAAGUGCCCGAGAAAACCGAAAAGGACUCCCCAAAAUCCAAGUCUGUGGGUGCAGGGGAGCUACUGGAGCUCCCCCCUCCAGACUACGCAUCCUCUGAUGGUGAAGAGGACUCCUGGAAGGAGCCCAGCAAUCUGAACAAGCUGAAGCAGGACCUAUCAGCCCUGCUGACCUCUUCUUCCAGAAGAGAAGCGCAGCAGCUGGACACACCUGCAACUCCCAGAUCAACAAGCAGUAUUACUGAGCAAGACAGGAUUAGGUCUGACUGGUCAAAGCAGGCUGACUCUGCCACGAAGGAUCUGCAGUUACCGUUAGGGGGAAGAAGUGAGAAGAUAACAGCCAAUGCAGUCCCCAGCAGAGAGAGCACCUCCAAUGUGGCUCCUGAGAAUCAACUCACCAGCGAACAGGCAAACAGUGUUAUGAAAAUCCGGAGUGAGCUGGAAGCUAUACUGGCAACGAAAAAGGACUUGAAACUGCCCAUGGGAGCAGCAAAUCGCAGACCUAGUCCAGGAGCAAACGGAGCUACUCUGCAUCCUGGUAGUAGCCAGGCAAGCUCUGACAUGGGGCUGAUGAAGCCUGUAGUAAAUAGUCUCCCACCUUUAGCAGCUUCUGUGGAAGUUGAGAUGGUGCCGGAUGGUUGUAAGACUCCUAGCGACCUCUCCAGUAAAAAGGCUUUGGAAAACAUAAACCAUGUUCCAGAAAAUGUGUUGGCUAAUGAUGUUCUGAAGUCUCCAAAACCACCUUUGAAACCAAAGGGUGACCUUUCUGUCCCAGUCUUCCCACUGCCCUCCUCUACAGAGGCUGCCUCGCCUUUGCCAACUGCGGUGCCCCAGCCAGACUACUCCCUAUUCCAGUACAAAACCCAUCGGGCCAAGACCAGCUCCACUGACAACCUGUCCUCUGUGAGCCCUUCUCAGGGGGAAGAGGGGCUGGUUGGCACAGAUGAACACGAUAGAAAGAAAAAGGCGAGUCCAACCUCUGCUUCUGAGAGCCUGCCUGCUCCUUCAAUGCCAUCCUCCUUGGGUGCUGGCUUGGGGGAUGGGGAUGUCCUGAUCCACCCUGUCACAGGAGAGACGGUGGAGAAGGGCUCCCCAAUGGCUCUCCUUCUGGCCGCAAAACAGCGAGCCCAAAGAAGCAGGUGCCCCGCAUCCCGGCAGAACAGUGCCAUGUCCAAGAGGCCGCACAUUAAGUUAUCCAAGAAGCUCGACAGCAGCGUGUCGGAAACGGGCUCCACCAACUUCUACUACAGCGAGUCCAAGCCCUACUCCAUUACAGUGGUACCAAAGUCCCUGCAAAAAGAGGCCGCAGAUUUGCUGGGGGACAAGCAGCAUAAAAGGACCAGCAUCCCUGAGGUCAGUGCAUUGGGUUUGCUGGAACCGGGGCAGAGCCCUGCCAGGCCCCUGUCCUUCUCCAGCUCUUCUGAGCAGUGCAGGACCAUGCAGAAACUCAUCAAUGGGCAACCACAUAAGCUUCCCACUUCACAGGGAUUGGGGGCCUCCUCUACAGUUCAUGGUCUUCUGCAGUCCAGCCACCUAAGGCAGCAAGACCUGCACACCACCACUGCCAUUCACCUGAAUGCAUUUCCUUCCCCACCAUUGCCCAAGGAGGAAGAGGAGACUGGAAAGACCCUUGAUUAUGAGAUCAUUCCACCUCCACCAGAGUUCAGCAAUGAUGCUGACCAUAUUAAGGAUGUCUCCCCUAGCAGAGAAGAAAGCCACAGAUCCCCUAGCUUGGCAGACAACAGCCAGAUCUUGGGAAGGCCGCAAAGCUACAGUCAGCCAAGCUAUGACUUGGGCAACAGCUAUGCCUUGCCCUCCAAUACAGCCACUGAAAGCAACCCGAGGAAUCGCAGCCUUGACCAUCCGUGCCCCAGUGGCGACGGCACGGCUAGGAACCCCAGUCAGUACCCCAACAGCCGCCCGCUGAUCAAGCAGCGCCUGUAUGUGUCCGAACCCGAUAAGACCUACAGGAGAACAAGCCUGUCCUCCAGGGGCAUCGUCUCUCUUGCCUGUUAUGGCUCCCAGGCUGGGGAGGGGAUGCGCCGGAUGAACUCUGGCCCCAGAAAUCCCACAGGGAACCUGCACAGCAGGAGGAUGUCGCUGGAUGUGGCCGGGAAAGCCAUGCCUCGUAGCAAUGCUGUGAGCGAUGCCAAGCCCAAGGGGCUGAACGGGGACUACUCCUCCAUCAGUGCGGCAGCCCCCAGCAGACCUGCCUAUAGCCACUUGCAGUACAGCGGGGCUACAAACACGUUCACCGUUAGGCCUGGGACGAGGCAGCCCAUCUCCUACGUGCCCCAAGGCGGUCCUCGAUAAGCUGGUCCGGGAGGCUGCUGCGCUGUCUGCUUACUCGGACCACGGUGUCAUGCAGGUGCAUCUUGAUGCUUCGAUAGCGAUUUAAAUAUGUUGGCGGAUGGUUCUGCCACAGCACGGGGAACUGCCACAAGGAACAUUGUCCAUGAGCUGCUUGUAGAUCACUGGGGGGUGGAGAACGCAUCCAGUAUGGAAACCCAUCUCAAGACUUGAAUGGAGAGUAGUUACUAUAGAGGACCAGGUGCUACACAGGUUGGAGGCGACAGCCCUUCUUGCCUAUCCCUCGUCUUGUCUUCACUGGUCUUAUUAAAAACAAACAAACAAAAACAUUUCUUAAAUGCUGUUUAAAGCACAAUACAAAACUAUCCCAUGGAGGCUUCCUCUUGUUUUCUUAUUUUUUAAUUCAAUUUUAAAAAUAUAAUAAACACAGCUUUGGGAAUGGGGAGAAAUGUGUGUGGCUUGAGUGAGAUGAAGCCAAAGGUGCAAGCCAGAUGACACCUAGUAAAGGGGACUCAUGAGAGGUGCAAUGAGCAGAGACUUGAGUCUCUUGUUCCUAAGUUUUGGCUCCCAGCUGACUGCCUUGGUAGGUGCAGGCAAGUCAAUUGGGGUCCUGCUUUAAAAGUGGCUGCUUGGGGGGCGGGGCGUGGCACGUGUUGAGUACUUCACGUGGCAGUGGAGGGCAGCGGGAGCUGUGGGCACCCAUCUCCUCUCUAAUUCAUACCUCCACAAUGUCUGCUCUCACUGAGGAGUGCCUCUGAACACAAGGGCCUCACUUCUCGUUGAUUUUGCCAUUUGUAAAUGGUGUUAAUGCUAAUUCUUACUUCCUCAGAAGGGAUUGACUGCAUUGAUAUUUGUAGAGCACUUUGGAGAUGCAGGACGUGAAAGAAACUAUUUUCCUCCUUCUGCCGUGCUAAUCGCAGUGAUACCAGUAGACCAAAACCAUGCAAAGUUUUUAUGGCUCUCUUGCCACUCAAAUGCCUCUUUGAACCCCAUGCCUAAUCACCAAGUUGCUAGCUCCCUGGAAAGGGGUAUCUAAGGAUGUGCCUUCAAUUGUUGUCCUACUGCUGGGUGAGCUAUUUUUUUGUGUAACCCUAAAGUAGCUGACAUGCUAUGUCUGGUCUCUAUAUAUGAUUGGUAUUAAAUGUUGAUGCUUUAUCAUCAA